GGCAUCCGAUCCAUCUUGGGCGGGCGCCGCGCGUCGAGGGCCAGCCAAAGCUUGCCAUGGCAGCCGUCCGGUCCGACAGGGUCCACCACCACCACCGCCGCUCCGAGGCGUCGUGCCCGGCAACCUCCGCGGCCGUGGCGGCGGCGAGGGCCGAUGACGCCCUGCGCCAGCGCCCGCGGGGGCUCGUGCAGGUCCGGGAGCGGGAUCAGGGCCCGCUGUCGACGGGGCACCAGCACCUGCACCACCAUCACCACCAGCUGCGGCGGUCGGCGGCGUUCCCACCCCGCCGCCCGGGGCCGGGGCGCCGCCCUCCUCAGCGCUGCGAAAGCGACCUCAACAUCAGGGAGCACCGCUCCUGCAGCGAGGUGGCCGGCGGCACCGCGGCGGGCUGCGCCGCUGUGUGCUGCUGCUUCCCCUGCGUCAUGGUGGAGGUCGCGGUGCUCGCCACGGUGCGCGCGCCCGCGGCGCUGUGCCGCAAGGCCGCCCGCGUGCGCAAGGGCCGCAGGCGCUCUGCCUCCGCGGGCCAGGCCACGGAGAUAUACGAGCUCCUCGUGGACGACACCGGCGUCGUCGAGGUGGAUGCCGGCGCCGCCAAUGCGGUGGCGCUGCCCGUGAAGCCCGCCUUGCAGCUGGAGGAAAAGGGGGAGCUGGAGAAGGAGGUGUGGGCGAGGUUCUACGGCACCGGCUUUUGGAGGAGCCCGUCGCAGCUGGACGACAACGACGACAGGUGAUCGGGACAGGCCCGCGAGCGAGCUAUCCACAAGCUCCUCCGGCGAUGCGUGGGCUUCCUUCGUUUUCCGCGGGAAGAAGAGAGGAUCGAGGAAAGGGAAACAUGAUUGUGUGUUCGAUACUACGAUUACGAACUUCGUUUUCCCUUCUUUUUUGUUUGUUUGGAAGGGGAAAUACUUCUCUUCUAUUCUACAACAAUGUCACGUACAUGCAAUGUAAUAAUAAAAAAUGUAUGUGAUAUAUUU